CUCACAGCCUCCGCAGGGUCCUGGCCGCACAAUGCCCCUUGCUGGGCUCUGCAGCUGUUGGAACGGCCGGGUGCUGCCUCUGCUUACGGCGUAUAUCUUCUACCUGCUGCUCGGGGCCACCAUUUUCCGGCUGCUGGAGAAACAAGCGGAAGCUCAGUCCAGGGACGAGUUCCAGCUGGAAAAGCUGCGCUUCCUGGAGAACUACACCUGCCUGGACCAGCAGGCCCUGGAGAAGUUCGUGCAGGUCAUCCUAGAAGCCUGGGUGAAAGGUGUGAACCCCAAAGGCAACUCUACCAACCCCAGCAACUGGGACUUCGGGAGCAGUUUCUUCUUCGCAGGCACAGUGGUCACCACCAUAGGUUACGGAAACCUGGCACCCAGCACAGAGGCAGGGCAGGUUUUCUGUGUCUUCUAUGCCCUGAUAGGUAUCCCGCUCAACGUACUCUUCCUCAACCACCUGGGCACAGGGCUGCGUGCCUACCUGACCACACUGGACAGGUGGGAGGAGCACUCCAGGCGUUCCCAGCUCCUGCAGGUCCUGGGCUUGGCUCUGUCCCUGACCCUGGGGACCCUGGUCAUUCUCAUCUUCCCAGCCAUGUUAUUCAGCCGUGUGGAGGGCUGGAGCUUUGGAGAGGGUUUCUACUUUGCCUUCAUCACCCUCAGCACCAUUGGCUUCGGAGACUACGUUGUCGGCACAGACCCCAGCAAGCAUUACAUCACCAUGUACCGGAGCUUGGCAGCUGUGUGGAUCCUCCUAGGGCUGGCAUGGCUGGCAGUGGUCCUCAGCCUGGGAUCCCUGCUUCUGCACAGGUGCUCCCGGCUCUGGCUACUCAUCAGAGGUCUGGACCCCAAGGAUGGAGCAACCCCUGACCCUGACCCCAGACCUCAGAAGAUCCCCAUCUCUACAUGA